CCUCGAGUCGGUGUCCAUUAAGCUUCCAACUGUGGUAGAUGCAGCUGGUGGCGGUUUGGCUGGAACGAGACUACUUCUCCGCGAAGACUGUGUAACGCUGUCAGAUAAGCAAUUUGGCAAGGUAUCAGAUGGUGAUACGUUGAGAGACGAUGUCGAGGGGUAUGAUAUUGCUCUGUUAGCAGACAACUUUAGGCCAACAUGGUCCUCAUCGCUGCCUGCAACUGGCGGAAUUGAGGCACAAGAUUGUAGUUCUUGUUCCGACACAGUGCUUUGCCGAACGGAAUCAGACCGCUUACACUUUCGACGGGAUCGCUUGGCAGUACGAACUUCAGAAUCGGAUAGGUUGCAAGAAGACGAAGACGAAGAGGAAAGUAGAUCGAUGACCAAGCCGUUCAUGCUGUUAGAAACGGCCAUGUGUGACCUAGGAAAAAAGUUAGCGGUAAAUUUUUCGAGUAAGGUGAUCGAUAAUAAAUCAGAGUAA